GUGCCGGCAGCAAACACCAUGGCCGCCCUGGUACUGAUGCCUUUACUCUUUAUUUGUAUGGACACUGUAGAGUUGUUCAGCCCCCCACAAAUAAUAGUGAGGCCAGCUGUAGUAGUAGAAGGAGAUCACAUGACCAUAACAUGUGACACAGAGCCGCGCAGAGGGAGUACAUGGCUGCAGUUUGCCUUCUACAGAAACGGUACCAAUGUGCAGGGAUUCAGUUCGUUCAACCAAUAUGGAGUCCCCUCGGCUCAGCUGGAGGAUUCUGGGAAUUAUACCUGUGAGGUACAGACUCUGUUGGGCAGAAGGAGGAGGAGCAAUGGUAUCACUAUCCAGGUACAAGGUGACCGUGGGCAGGAGAACAGUAUGAGGGAUGUAGAACAAUCUGGAACUUCCCCAGGUGGAACCCAAAGAGGAAUUCUGCAAAAUACAGUGAGACUGGUAUUGGCUGCAGUUAUAUUCAUCAUUAUAUUGUGUUUUCUCUUCUACCACAUAAAGACAGUGGCGAUAGGUAGAAUUAUGGAUCCCCAGGCUCCCCUGCCAUCCAAACUAAAUGCCACCUUGAACCUGCCACGUACUCUGCAUCAGCACUUUGCAUCUCCUGCAGCCUUUCCACCCUUACAGCUUGGCCCCAAGGCCCUGCUCCCUUUGGCACCAGUGAACAAAGUGCAGGGAGGGCCAGGAGGGUGGGUUCAUAGGAUAUGGACAUGACAGGGGGUAGCGGGUUCAUGCUGGGCCCCAUCUCUAUAUGCCCUCCCUGGGUGCGGGGUCUACUGCCUGUAUAGUUACACUACAGGCAAAGCAAGUAAUGUAUGGACAAGCGGCAGAAGGUAGUAGAAGACAACAAGAUGGAAGGGAAUGGGCUUCAUCUCUUUGUUUGUACCAUUUCUGAAUUGUAAGUGGAAAGGUUUCAACCCUCUAUAAUGUGUGUUCAUUCGACCAUAAUCAUUCUUAUAUAGUUGCCCCUCUUCAAAUAUACAGGCAUAUUAAACCCAGAGAUAGAGAUUCAAGUCACGGGUGGAAACACCAACUACUUGUUCAUCUAAUCUUAAUGUUACAGAGUCCUUCCAUGUUACAGAGUCCUUCCAUGCUAAAGAUAUCAACUGUUUUCUAAGUUCUGAAUUCAUUUAAGAGGCUCUGUAUGCAGAAGGUAUUUCUAUAGCAAAAAAUGUCCCUGAACAUGGUCAUAGUUACAUAGGGUAGAAAAAAAGACCAUCAAGAGUCCAUCAAGUUCAAGUUCAAAGGGACCAGAUGACCAUAUGAAGUGGUUGGCCAUUCUGAAGCUUUACAAAUAAACAUUCAAACAUUUAGAA